GUUUAUAUUUGCUUAUGUUAGAAGUUAAUGAUUCUUCUACCAAGUACCAGCGCAGCCUUGCUUAAGGAGAGACUACUCUGGCUUUUGAUUAUUUGACUGGUAGUAUAACUGCUGUUUUUGUGGAUACAAAACCUAGAUAAUUCAGUAAAGAAAUCAACCAUGACAGUGGAAACUGAAUCCAGCCAUGUUGAUGACUCAAAUCAGGAAGCAGAACCUGCCCAGCUUUUGGACGAUGAAGCAAAUAAACAACUGCCAGUCAAAAAGAAGACUUCCUGUUGCACGGGCCUGAAGGUGUUUCUCGCUGCUUUAUCGUUCAGCUACUUUUGUAAAGCACUGUCUGGUACGAUUAUGAAAAGUUCCAUCACUCAGAUUGAAAGAAGGUUUGACCUUACAUCUUCUACAGUUGGUCUCGUUGAUGGAAGUUUUGAGAUGGGUAAUUUGCUGGUGAUAACAUUUGUAAGUUACUUUGGAGCUAAACUUCAUAGGCCCAAAGUAAUAGCUGUAGGAUGCUUUAUUAUGGCUGUGGGAUGUAUUUUAACAGCAAUGCCUCAUUUCUUCAUGGGAUAUUAUAAGUAUGAGACAGUAUCACAUACAGCAUCUUCAGUCAACUUAACUUCAUACAUAAAUCCCUGUUUGCUGCAUCAAGAUGCCAACAAAACUGUGUUGGAAGUCUCACAAUCAGGCUGUGAAAAGGAAACAUCAUCAUAUAUGUGGAUAUAUAUCUUACUGGGAAACAUGCUACGUGGAAUUGGCGAGACACCAAUAACACCACUGGGCAUCUCUUAUCUUGAUGAUUUUGCUAAGGAAGAAAAUGCACCUGUAUAUAUAGCAAGUUUGCACACGAUAGCCAUGUUCGGCCCAAUGUUUGGUUUCCUGUUGGGAUCUCUAUGUACAAAACUGUACGUGGAUAUUGGAUUUGUGGAUUUAGAAAGCAUCACUAUAACCCCACAGGAUUCCCGCUGGGUGGGCGCAUGGUGGCUUGGUUUUGUAAUAGCUGGAAUAAUCAGUCUCCUAGCUGCUAUUCCUUUCUGCUUCCUGCCGAAGAGUCUGGAAAAGCCAGAGGAAGCCAGUAAUGACAAAACUUCAUCUGGUCUGCUGGAAGGGAUGGGAGCCAUGAGGAAGACACAUACUUCUGUGAAAUCUAAGCCAGAGAAGUGGUCAGUAAUAUUGAAAGACUUCCGUACUUCCCUGAAAAAAGUCUUGAGUAAUCGAAUGUACCUAACACUCUUGUGCAGCUCAUUGUUACAGUUCAGUAGCUUUAUUGGUUUCUUUACUUACAAACCAAAGUACAUGGAACAGCAGUAUGGACAAUCUGCAUCUAAAUCUAACUUUAUCAUAGGUUUGACAUCCUUACCUCCUGUAGGUAUUGGGAUUUUCCUAGGAGGGCUCAUAAUGAAGAAAUACAAAAUGGGCAUCAUUGAAGCAGCCAAGUUUGCAUUUAGCAUGUCGUUUCUGGCCUUCCUCCUCUCUCUGUCACACUUCUUUGUGGGCUGUGAGAACCAUGUGGUGGCAGGACUGACAGUGUCCUAUGAUGGCAAACCCAUUCAGAGCCAUGAAAAUGCCUUAUUUUCUGACUGCAAUUCUGACUGCAAAUGUGCCACCAAUGUGUGGGAUCCUGUGUGUGGAGACAACGGAGUUACAUACAUUUCAGCAUGUCUCGCUGGGUGCACGGCUUCGGUGGGACAUGGAAAGAACAUGCUCUUCCAUAACUGUAGCUGCCUCGAAGCCAGCAGAUCACAGUGGGGAAAUAACUCUGUCACUUUGGGGCAAUGCCCAAAAAGCGAUGCUUGUUCAAGGAACUUUAUUUAUUAUACAGUAAUACAAGUCAUAAGUGGCUUUUGUUAUGCAUUGGGAGGCACCCCAGCUUUCAUGCUGAUGUUUAGAUGUGUCCAGCCAGAGCUGAAAUCUCUUGCAGUUGGUCUGCACACACUCGUUAUGAGAAUGCUAGCUGGAAUUCCAGCUCCAGUUUAUUUUGGUGCACUGAUUGACAGGACAUGCUUGAAAUGGGGAACCAGAAGGUGUGGGCAGCGAGGGGCUUGCAGGAUAUAUGACUCCAGUGCUUACAGAUAUGCCUACCUUGGCUUAUCAGCGGUGAUAAGAGCUCCUUCUUACUUGUUAGGAAUCCUUUUUUUAAUACUGGUAAAGAAACACUAUCAAGCUAUGAAAUCCAGAUCUAUUGAAAAUGGAGGAAGAGAAGAUGCUCCUAUGAAUAAAGAAGAUAAUUUCAAGAGCAAUGAACCUCUGGCAGAUCUUCCUGAAGCAGAGAAAGAAUCCUGUAUUUAGGAGGCCAUUUAAACCAGUGUUACAUGAAUCAGGGCACCUGUUUUAGGAACAGCUCUCACAAUAUCAUGAAUAACUAAACAAUAAAUAACAUUUCUUUGGAAAGUGAAAGCAGUAACAAACUUGUAAUCAGCAACAAGAAAAGCUUACACGCAGGCAUGUUUCACUUUCAAGUAUGAGUAUGUGUACCAGGUUACCAAUAACAGGCAUAACAAGUUAUAUGAAUGGAAUUAAGUUCUCAGUUGAUAAGGAAGGAAAAUCCCACCUGGCAUCACUGAUUGAGCCCACUGGCAGUUUUUAAGGGUGUCAGAGAUGGCUGUUGGUGGAACAGCCACCUCCUCACAGCCCCACAAAACGUGCCACUCGGAUCCUGCGCCCAAAGUCCCACCAGGCUGAUGUCCGACUGCAGGGUUCCAAUUUCAUUAAAUUCAACAGAGAGCUCAAAAUAAAAGCAAAACCUUUAAGCGAAGCAUUCCCACCUCAAUGAAAUGAAUCAUCUCAACCAUUUGCCAUUGCAAAAUUGGCAAAAUCUGGCAAAAGCAGUAUUUUCCCAGAAGACAUUUUAUCUUCGUUCAGCUGAAAACAUUAUGCCUGGUUAUAACCACAAAUACGUUGCUAUAAAUGAAAUAAUUGUUUAAAACGUCUGAAAGUUGUAGCAUUGUAUUAAAAGUUAAUUUUUUGGUUGUGACUAUAAAACAUAAGAAAUAUUCUGAACUUUGUAGUGACACUGUUUUCUAAGCAAAAUCUAUGCAGCUUACGACACUUUAUCCAAGGUGGCUUUUAUUGCUAUGCCAUGUAAUAACCAGCAGAGGACACUCAAAGAAUAGUAUUACCCAUCCAGCAACUGCAAAUGCUCGAAAUACUUGUCAUGUACAAAGUUGCUAUUUUGGGGGAGAAGCUGAUCACCAGGUAUGCGCAACGUUCAUCUGUGUUUUCUUGCACCUUAAAAUUUUUUCAGCUCAAGCCUUUAGCUCAUAUUUUCAGAGCUGCUUUUCUAUAUUUGUUGGUUUGAGUUUAUUAUGUUUGUACCAAUCAGACCUGGACAACUGUUACUACUUUAAAUAAAAAGAUAUAUACCUGAG